AUGCUCCGAACCAACUAUCGCGAACGAAGCAGGAGUCCUGACGCUGAGAGACGGGCCCUGCAGGCCUGUGCUUCAUGCCGCAAACAAAAACGUAAAUGUGACAAGGGACUACCAGGCUGCGGUCUAUGUCACCGCCUUGGCCGGGUCUGCGACUAUUCAGAUUCCCCUCCAGCUCCGACCGGCGACGACUUUCAAUUUCUACUCCAGAAGAUACAGGACUUGGAGAACCGCCUAUCUGACUCCACGAGGGAUACAACUCCUCAUCCCGUUCCUCAACUUCCAUAUACUCCGCCGUCGCUAGCGGUCUCGGAUCGAGCUUCAACUGGCGAUUCCACCCGGAGCAGCGGCGAGGGUCGAAAAGCGUUCACACAUGCUCCCCUUUUCUUUCUAGAUGCAUCUGUAUUCAGCUACAGAGAUUGUGGUAUUCCAAAACCGUUGGUUACAGCUAACGCAGAGAUACUGGAUCUCCUGGGCGGUAGUGCGGAAACGCAAGCCGUCGCCGCAACUUAUUUUGCUACGGUCCACAAAUGGUUUCCAUUCGUCUCCAAGAUUCGUUUCCAUUGCCGUCUGUCCGAGCCACUUUCGGCUACGGAAAUGGACCAUGCAUUGUUAUGCCUGUGUAUGAAGUUGAUUGUACAGAUACCCGACAGCUCCGAUGGCCCCGACCAUGUGCUCUACGAGACGGCCAAAAGACUGUGUCACUCUAUGGAGUCAACUUGUUUGCCAUCAUUACAAUUUCUUCAGGCUCUCCUUCUGCUGGCCUUAUACGAGAUUGGACAUGCCAUUUAUCCUGCAGCAUAUUUGUCCGUCGGUCAUUGUGCCCGCCUUGGACAGGCCAUGGGUCUUCAUCGCAAGGAUGCCGCUCGGAUGCUGCCAAAGCCGAAAGCUUGGACAGAGAUGGAAGAAAGGCGUCGUGUUUGGUGGGCGGCCAUUAUUCUCGAUAGAUAUGUGAGCAUCGGCAACCAUGGUCCGCCGCUGGCAACCGAAGAUCCGAACAAGGAUGACUAUCUCCCGGUAGAUGAUAUUUCAUUUGAUCUCGGCGAGAUGAGUGCCAAUGAGACUUUGUAUGUCUCGUCGUCUACGAGUAUUCGUGCUUCCCCCUUUGCGAGAACUUGCCAAGCAGCGCAUCUUAUGGGCCGCGUUGUAAGGCAUAUGAAUGACCGCAAUAUGGAGCCAAGUUUCCGUUAUGCCGAAGCCAACCAGCUGGAGAGAACGCUGAGAGCAUUUUCUAGUCUACUUCUGGUUGAGCAGGAUCCGACGUCGUUUGCGCCUUUGGGGAUCUGCUAUAGCACGCUUUUGACUCUCUGUGAUACCUACUCUUGUGCGGAAAUGGGAGAUCCGGAGGGAACGGCGGGCAAGCUUCAUAUGCAGGAGAUUGCCAUUAGCGGUCUUCGAGCCACUUCACAAGGCGUCUUGGGACUGUCACAGUGUCUAAAGGCCUGCAUACGGGCAAAUGGGUCUAUGUCAGUUACUCCUUUUCUUGCAGAUUGUCUUUAUCAAGGCGCAGCGAAUUAUGCGUGGUAUGCCGGUGAAUCCGGCUCUACGGAAUACACGGAACCACGUAACCAGAUACGAGAGGCGCUUGUCAUGCUAGACAAAAGAUGGAAAUUAGGAGGAGAAUAUGUCAAAAUCUUGUAUAACUUCUGGGAGCAAUGA